AUGACGACCAAGCAGAAGGUCAUUCGAGUGUCCACCCAGCAGCCAAGCUACGCGGUUUGCGUGCUGGGGACAGAAAUUUCCUUAGACAUCAAGGGUUCCCUGCCCAACGGGGCCACGUCCUUUGAUGCCCGGGGAACAGCCGGGCUCCAUGUCUACGUUACGUAUGACCCCAAACUCAUGUCAAAACCUGAAGGCGCCAAGACGUGGCCUCUUGAUGCAGACACCGAGGUCAUCGUGGCUCUGAAGGGCGUGAGCAGGGCCGUCAACGGCGACAAGGUCAGAGUGUCCUAUUAUGGACCAACUGGGCACACCCCUAUUGCCAGCGCCUGGGUAUACAUCACUUGUGUAGCUCUCUCCCUGGAUGCUGAUACCAGCCGAACUGGAUCCGUGGAGAGCUAUGCCACCAACAAGACCAGAUGGACGUGGGGCCCAGGUGGAGAAGGAGCUGUGUUGCUGGUGAACUGCGACCGAGAUGGCCCCAGCUCUGGAAACAUGGAUCGCGCCUAUCCUUACGUGCGAUCCCACACGGAUCUACAAGACUUGUCCCUUGUAAUUCUCAACAUUGAUAGCCCCGCCGGGAUCUUUGACAACCACAAGCUGAUUCUUCACAUCUCCAUGUUCGAUGCUGCGAAAGUGAGAGUUUUCCACGCGGCUGGAAACACACCAGUCUCCCAUUAUGAGCACGUACUGGGAUCGGAGCAGCUCUCCUACACCGUGGAACCCACAGAUGGAAGAGGACAACAUACGUUCUACGUUGAGGGCCUCGCCUUCCCAGACAGAGACUUCAACGGCCUGGUGUCCCUGAAUGCAACGCUGCUGGAGCAGACUAGCCCGAAUUCACCAGCCACCCCAGUCUUCACAGAUACUGUGAUUUUCCGCGUGGCCCCUUGGAUCAUGACCCCCCACACGCAGAAGCCACUUGAGCUCUUUGUCUGCAGCAUUGAGAAGGGUGAGAAUACCAACGAAAAAUUCACAGAGGCGAUAAAGCUUCUAGCAAGGGAAACCAACUGCAAAUUAACCAUUUGCCCAGAGGUAGAAAACCGGGGCGACCGCUGGAUCCAGGAUGAGAUGGAAUUUGGCUAUGUAGAGGCUCCUCAUAAAUCCUUCCCCGUCGUGUUUGACUCACCCAGGAACAGGGGCUUGAAGGAAUUCCCUUUCAAGAAGAUUCUGGGUCCUGAUUUUGGGUACGUUACCCGGGAACCGAAGAACGGGAGAGUCUCCAGCCUGGAUUCUUUUGGAAACCUGGACGUCAGCCCCCCUGUGAUGGUCAAAGGGAAGGAUUAUCCUUUGGGGAGGAUCCUCAUUGGCAGCAGCUUUCCUGGAUCCGGCAACAGGAAAAUGGCUAAAAUUGUCCGGGAUUUCCUUUACGCUCAGAAAGUUCAAUGUCCUGUAGAGCUUUACUCUGACUGGCUGACGGUGGGCCACGUGGACGAAUUCCUGAGCUUUGUCCCAGCUCCAGGCAAGAAGGGAUUUCGGUUGCUUUUGGCCAGUCCCCUUGCCUGUCUGAAGCUGUUUGAAGAGAAACAAAAGGAAGGUUAUGGAGAUGCUGCCCUGUUUGAAGGUCUGAAGACAGUGGGGAAAAUGACACUCAAUCAGCUCCUGGCUGAUAGAAGUUUGCGCCAAGACAGCAAGUAUGUGCAGAGUUGCAUUGACUGGAACCGAAGUAUUUUAAAGCGAGAACUUGGACUGAGCGAACGAGACGUCAUUGAUAUUCCGCAGCUCUUCACUCUGGAAGGGGCCACUGCGACAGCCUUGUUCCCAGACAUGGUGAACAUGCUUGUCUUAGGGGAACAUCUGGGCAUUCCCAAGCCGCAUGGCCCCAUCAUCCAUGGCCAGUGUUGCUUGGAAGCAAAAGUCCGCUCCCUCUUGGAGCCACUGGGCCUAUCUUGCACUUUCAUUGAUGACUUUUUCUCUUACCACGUCUUACUGGGAGAGGUCCACUGUGGCACCAACGUCCGGCGAGAACUUUUUUCCUUUCACUGGUGGAAUGUCCUUCCGUGA